GAAUAUAAUUUUGAUUUUUCAGAAAAUAAAAGCAUCGAGGAGCACGUCAGACCUCUUGACCAAGUGUCCUCCUUCAUCGGCCUUCGUCUUUCGUAUAACCUCUCUCUCAAAAACCCUAAACUCUGUGAGAUCGUUUGGCACAUAGUGCGCGACAAUGGCGAACAGUAAUCUGCCCAGAAGAAUCAUUAAGGAAACUCAGCGUCUGCUAAGUGAACCGGCUCCUGGGAUCAGCGCUUCUCCAUCUGAGGACAAUAUGCGGUACUUCAAUGUCAUGAUUCUCGGCCCUUCACAAUCUCCUUAUGAAGGAGGAGUUUUCAAGUUGGAGCUUUUUUUGCCUGAAGAAUAUCCUAUGGCAGCUCCCAAGGUUCGGUUUCUCACCAAGAUAUACCAUCCUAACAUUGACAAGCUUGGAAGGAUUUGCCUUGAUAUUCUGAAAGAUAAGUGGAGUCCUGCACUGCAAAUAAGAACAGUGCUGCUAAGCAUUCAAGCUCUUCUAAGUGCGCCAAACCCGGACGAUCCGCUGUCUGAAAACAUCGCUAAGCAUUGGAAGACGGACGAGGCGGAAGCCGUGGAAACAGCGAAGAAAUGGACCCGCCUAUACGCAAGCGCAGCGUGACCGGGUGAAAGAGAAACCCUAAAAAAUAAAUCACACCAACAAGUGAAUCCGAUUCAUAAAGGAAUCUAAUUUCCGGGCUCUCUCCUCUUCCCUUUCAGACAGUAGUAGUAUCACUGACACUGAGUGUGCGUUGCUACUAAGGGGGUUGAGGCUGAAGACUCGUCUUUUUAUCAGUGUUUGUUAUUUUGCAAUCACUCUCUCUUGAGGUGCUUGAUUCGAAGGGGAGGCCCUUUCUUUUUUUUUGGGUCAAAAAUCACUGUGGAUACUCGCUUCACAAGAGAAGGCGGCCUUUCCAAAACUUGCUGUCUAUGAGUGCGUA